AACUACACAAGACGCGUCUAGGGUCUGCCAAUUCAUCCCCCUCUCUAUCUCUCCCCCGUCCCCCUCUUCUUCUACCCGGCAUGUUUAGACUAUAGGAAUUUAUCGAAUUCGAUGAAAUUCGAUAAAUUUCUGUAGAUCUAAAAAGCUGAUUUAUUUCAGGAAGAUUCCUUGUUACUUGCUAUGAGUUUUUCUGGACAGAUCCUUGGUUGUAAGGUUUUGUCUGGCUUACUCAAUUUUUUGUCGGUUUACGGUCGCAGAAGGAUAUCCAUUAUUAUCAUCGAAUUCAACUGGUUUAUUUCAGGGAAGAUUUCCUUGUUACUUGCUAUGAGUUUCUCUGGACAGAUCCUUGGUUGUAAGAUUCACGGUCGCAGAAGGAUCCAUUAUUAUCUCCUAUAUAUAAUGGAGCGAGCUUGGGAUUUUAAAAUUUGAUCUUGUUUUUACGCUUUUUCUCCCCCCACCUCUCGUGUCUCAUCUUUUCACAUAUUUUUUUGGUUGGUUGAUCAGAUCUCAAUCUACUGGAUGGGCUUACACAAGUUUGUGAAAUCCGUACUACCGGCCGGGCGCCGGAUACCGGAGAUUUCGGCAAAUCUCGGACGAGACGAUGUUAUCGGAGAUUCCGGGCGGUACUCUGUUGCACGGCCAUUUAAAAUUUAGAUGGGCUCAAAUGGAAGGGGAAAGCGAUCGAAACCCAACGUUGAUCAAAACCCUAAAGUUGAUCAAAACGCACAUCUCACUCUCCAAUCGACAGUCCAAUCGACAGAAGACGAGCUCAAAACCCUAGAUCAAAACCAGGUCGAAAGGAAACCGUUCAUCUUUGCCCACCGAAACCCGACGAAACCCAGAUCGGAUUCAGCUUCGAUUGUGUGCCGGUUAAUUUGGUCUUUGCACUAUAUUUCAAGGGGAAGCGAUUUGGAGGAGGCGAUUUUAGGGUGCUGCGAACUCAUAUUUGUGCGUGGCUCAUCGGGUAUUAGCAAUUGGCAAAUAUGGAGUCAAAAACAUUCUCUCUUUCCCCAGAUAAUGCCAAUGCAAAGGCAGCAUUUCGUAAGCCUUCAAACGAUGCAGCAAACAGGAAGUACAGGCGCCGGUCUCCAGUUAGUGGAUCGUCGUCAUCUGAUGGGAGUCCAACACGUGAGCGUGGCUCUAGUCCAAUCUAUUCAAGGGAUUAUCCUACGAGAGAUUCUGAAUCAUGGCGAAGCAAUGGUAACAGGAGGGACCUAGAGAAGGAUUCUGGUAGGAGCUACCGUGGCCAAAGUGGUGAUUCAUAUGGGAAUUCAGAUCGGCAGUCCUCUAGGAGAUCUCAUUAUUACCAUAGGCGGGAUGACUAUAGCAGACAUGAAAAGCUUGGAGAUAUCACAAGGAGAGUAAGUGAGCAUUACAGAUAUAGAGAUCCUUCACGUGGUGGUGAUAAGUACUCUAGAUAUAGAUCCGAUGGAUGGGAUAAAGGCAAGGGGAAGGAUUCUGGUAGGAGCUACCGCGGCCGAAGUGGUGAUUCAUAUAGGAAUUCAGAUCGGCAGUCCUCUAGGAGAUCUCAUUAUUACCAUAGGCGGGAUGACUAUAGCAGACAUGAAAAGCUUGGAGAUGUCACAAGGAGAGUAAGUGAGCAUUACAGAUAUAGAGAUCCUUCACGUGGUGGUGACAAGUACUCUAGAUAUAGAUCUAGAGAUCCGUCACGCGGUGAUGUUAAGUACUCUAGAUAUAGAUCCGAUGGAUGGGAUAAAGGCAAGGGGUAUGGAGGCGGUCGAGAUGAAAAGAGGGAACGUAAGAGGAGUUUGGGUGAUUACAAAGGUGAUUGGGAAACUAGCAGACCCAAGGACCGGUACGAUAGAGCACCUGAGGAUCACGAGUAUUUUGCCAAAAAGCCAAAGUUGGAGAGCUUGAGCACCUAUCAUGGGAAAGGUUACAUGUCUGCUGGCCAAAAGAAGCUGCUGCUGUCAGGGAAUAAGAAAACUGCUGUUGAGGAGGCGCGUACUACAAAGUUGGAAGCAGAAGUUGAAAAACUGAAAGUGGAAAACAAAGAACUGCGCAAGACACUGGAGGAACUAAUGGAAAUGCAAAGAAAUCAGGAAGUUGUCGUGACAAACGAUUAUGGCAUGGAGUGUUGGGGGGUUUUGCCCCCCUGGAAGAAUCAAGUCUACGUUCGGCACUUUACGGACUGUGAGCUAUUUUGCCGUGCUUGGUACACCUCCAUUGUGUACACUCAUCCAAGCUUACUUCGUAGCAUUUCUGGACAGCCUGAUCGUUUUUCUAUUAUAUAUGAGCGAUACACUAAAAAUUUCAAGCAGUACGUAGAGGAUGGGAUUGACUAUGGGAAUUGGAUGGAAAAGACUAGUCAUGUUGGACGACAAACCUUAUUGGCCCACCUUGACGUCAAAGAAUUGCUAGGUAAUUUGAUUAACGUACUCAAGUACUUCCACUCAAAGAAUGUUGCCCUUGGUGGUUUUUCCUUUGAGAACAUUGUGAUGGUGGAUGAUAUGCCUAAACUUGUGGGGGUUGGUGCCUUUCCUGCUGAUAAUUCUCUGAUCACAGCUGAUUUUAAUGCGAUAGAUAUGAUCAUUAGUCAUAUUUAUCGGGACUAUGGUGUUCCGAGGGAGUUGAAUAUGCUGGUUGAGGAACUUGGCAAGUGGAGGGGCAAUGCGAAUAACGUCUACGAUCACCCCAGCUUGUGGGGAUCUGGUAAAAGACUUGCCUUCUUAAGUAAUGUUUGGGAUUGGCAGUCGUUUACUAGUGAGGAUAUUGAUGAUAAGCAUUCCAAUGCCUACAUAGAGGCUUUCCGAAGGGUUGAAGAGACACUGGAUUGGUAUAGGGCUGAAGGCCAAGAUUGGAGACGGAUGAUUCCGGGAAAUUCCGAGAUGAACCAGUUUCUUGAUAGUUCAUACAGAGCUGACCUUUAUUCCAUGUCUCGAUAUCUGCGGAAUUCAUUAGGGCAUCUCGCUGCUAGUUCUAAACAGGGAAGUCUCUUCACUCAGGAUGAGAUGGAUGGAAUUAUAUCGCUACUCCUCCCUGGAUUCCUGGUGAUGCUUGAGACAAAUUUCUCCAGAGCGUUCGGGUCAAAAUUUUUUACUUUAUGAACUGUUUACAUUAGUACCUUCUAGUGUUGAAAGAAUUUACAAUCAUGUGAUCUCCGUUGAGGCAGUUGGCAAAAAAGAAACUAAAUUAGACCAAAUUUGAGUCUGAAGUGUUAAUGGCUAGGAGUUUUUCUUAUUAUGUACUCCUAGUAGUGUGUUAAUGGCCAGGAGUGUUUCUUAUUA